UUUCUCAGCCAAAUAUAAAUAGAAAUAAACAUACACAAAUUGAAAUAUUGAUGCAUGCAUUUAUUUUUCUUGUUUCUUCAAACUUAAUACAAAUAUGUUAUAGCUAUUACGGUAAUCAAAAGACACUGAACAAUGAAAUUGGCGGCGUUUUGGAAACUUAUUUGAAGCCUAUAAGUAAAUUAUCAGAACUGUUCCCCAAUCAACAAGUGGAAGUGCAAUUAGAAAUCGACGGCUCCAAUUACCGCGGCUCCGGGCCUAAGCGUUAUAACCUACGUCAGAACCCACGUCAAAAUGACUCCGCAGCACGAGUUGAAACUACUACCAUUCCUACCACUGCAGCUACGAAAAGUGUCGUGAAAACAAUGAAUGCUGAAGUAGCUACUAAUUCAGAUACAGACAGGCCAGUUUAUAUGAGUGAUCUGAAAAAGGUGCUAGAUGAUUAUGAGAAGAAACAUUCAUCACUUUAUUUUACAGAGCAUCAAGAAAAUUUUAGAUUAGCACCACCUGUGAAUAUCAAGCAAAAUGUCGGAACUUUAAACGAAAUUUUAAAGAUAUUGAAAAAAGGUGUUCAUGUUGAGCCAGAUGUCGGCAAACCUACAGAAGAAGGGAUGAGUUGGUUCCAAAUAAAAAUACCAAGAACCUAAAAAAUAACUUUAUUAUACACUUA